CCCGACAGCCACCACAAUCACGGUGAUCGUUCACGAAGUUCGAGCUGGACACGCGUACCCAGUCGUUGCGUUUCCAUCGAAUCGAGCGAGACCCGGUAAUCGUAGAGGAGAUCCUUUCAAAACUGACCUUAACUAUCUGUGCAGAGACUUUAAGUGUGAUUAACGCGGCAAUCAGUGCAGUUUAUCGGUGUGUGAUCAUCUAUUAAAGGAUUAAUCAUGCAGAUGCACGAGCAAAUGAUGAUGAUCGAUGGACAGGAGCAGCCUAUAUCCAGGACUUAUCAAUACAGAAAGGUGAUGAAACCUAUGCUUGAACGCAAACGUCGGGCAAGGAUCAACCGGUGCCUGGACGAACUGAAGGACCUGAUGGUGACUGCUCUGGCAGGCGACGGUGAGAACGUUGCUAAACUGGAGAAGGCUGACAUCCUGGAGCUGACCGUCCGUCAUCUUCACAAACUCCAAAGGCAGCAAAGACUUUCCGCGAACCCGGUGAUCGACGCUGAUCGCUUCAGAGCUGGGUACACGCAUUGCGCCAACGAAGUCAGCCGUUGUCUAGCAGCCACUCCCGGCGUCGACGUCGCUCUGGGAACCAAACUGAUGACCCACUUGGGACACAAACUGAACUCCAUGGACAAAACUGGACCUUUGACCAUCCACGUGGCAGCGCCUCAAUCUUCUCCAUCAUCCAGCAGCGAACUGAGCUCGGACGAAUACUCCAUGCCUCUGACUCCGGCCUCCAGUCAACCUUCUCCGGUGCGAACGGACGUCGAGGGCAUCUCGCAGAGCCACCAAGGUCUUCUACAGGUCGCCAAACCCAACGAGCCGAUCUGGAGACCCUGGUAAUGGGUAUCGGCCAAGGGACUUGAACGGGCAAAGCCGUCGUACCCGGUGAACCGAGUUCUCAAGACCGGUGCAGGUUGGAUCGCCGGUCGCGAAGAGGGAAUGACCAUUGAUGGACGGAGAGAACUGGUCCGUCUCGUGGAAGAACCAUUUACCGGUGUUGCAAUUUUCUCUGUGAUCUGAGCGAAUUACUCGCGCAUCCUCGAGACGAACGUCGUGACGGAGAAGAGGAUUUCGAUUCGGACGGGAUGGUUCGAAGGAUAGACUUAAAAUUUUGCUCAAGACACUCGAAGUGAAAGAAACUUAUCUGUUCUCUUUUUUUUCUUCUCUCUAUUGUAAUAUCUUCGUCCGUUAGGGCAUAGAUUGUACAUGUUAAUUGAGCGUUGUAUUAGUAGGAUCUCGAUGUAACGACACGCCCGCAUACAAGGAUGCGGCUCGAAGCUUUAAUUUACUUGAAGGUUAGAAUUUUCUAUUGUUUAUUUCAUAAGUUCUAUCGAGAAAGUUUUUAUUUUGUCCAUUUUGGCGGCAAAGGGAUUCGAAUACAAACGUCGAUUCGUUUUCCCGCCAAAUGCGUUGUUAUAUAAGAAUCUUCUCGGCCAAUGAAUUAUAGAUUCGACGCGAUUGUUUAAUGAUCGGAAACUGACGACUGCUUGUGUAUAUGGCCGAGCAGAGGAUAUUGUGAUAAAGAAACGUGGUACCUGUGAUAUUUACUGUAGACGUAGGAAAAUUAUGCUAGAUUUUUAAUAAACAUGUUUCAUUGAUAAAA